AUGACCGCAAUAAAAGAACGAUCUAACCAAUACCAGAUAAUCCCACCCAUACCCUAUGAUCUCUAUCUGACCCAACUCUCCGACCCACCCAGCUUCGCACUCAACCCGCCUCUUCCCUCAGACCACCAGAAACGAACAUGCUACAAGGAUGAGAUGUUUUACUCGCGUAGCCAAGACAUGCUUCUCACGAAAAGACCAGGAACCUCAGCUGUACUGUCUCUACUUCGGGCCCGAAGCCCAUCGUUUUCAUCGGCUUGUUCACAGUGCCGCUGCGCUCACGGAGUCCGUUUUGAUGCUGGGACGCGCGUCAUCUUGUUUCUUUGUCUGCCAUUCUGGCUUGCGUACAAUCUCGAAAUCAGCAGCUCCACCAUAUCCCGUGCCCGGUGA